GGACCGGGCGCUCUCAUGUUCCAGACCUUGUACAGCUACUUCUGGUGGGAGCGGCUCUGGCUGCCCGCAAACCUCACGUGGGCCGACCUGGAGGACCGCGAUGGGCGAGUCUACGCCAAAGCCUCCGACCUCUACAUCACCCUCCCCUUGGCCUUCCUCUUCCUUGUCAUCCGGCACCUCUUCGAGACGUAUGUGGCCACCCCCUUGGCUGGGUUGCUGAAUGUCAAGGAGAAGAUCAGGUUAAAAGCCACCCCCAACGCUGUGCUGGAGAAGUUUUAUGCCGCCACCACCAAGCACCCCAAGCAGGCCGACGUGGAGAUGCUCUCCAAGAAGAGCGGCUGCACGGUGCGGCAAGUGGAGCGCUGGUUUCGUCGCCGGCGCAACCAGGACCGGCCCAGCCUGCUCAAGAAGUUCCGAGAGGCCAGUUGGCGAUUCACGUUUUACCUUCUUGCUUUCAUUGCUGGCAUGGCUGUCAUAGUAGAUGUAAGUACCGUGUGCCCCUCCGGCGCCCGGCCUCGCGGCUUCUGCAGUGCCCCCACUCACGUCCCUCUGUCUCCCUGUGUCCUGCAGAAGCCCUGGUUCUACGACCUGCGGGAGGUGUGGAAGGGCUACCCUAUCCAGAGCAUGCUGCCCUCCCAGUACUGGUACUACAUCAUCGAGCUCUCCUUCUACUGGUCCCUGCUCUUCAGCAUCGCCUCUGACGUCAAGCGCAAGGACUUCAAGGAGCAGAUCAUCCACCAUGUGGCCACCAUCAUCCUCAUCAGCUUCUCCUGGUUCGCCAACUAUAUCCGUGCAGGGACGCUCAUCAUGGCCCUACACGACUCUGCUGACUACCUGCUGGAGUCUGCCAAGAUGUUCAACUACGCUGGCUGGAGGAACACGUGUAACAACAUCUUCAUCGUCUUCGCCGCCGUCUUCAUCAUCACCCGCCUGGUUAUCCUGCCCUUCUGGAUCAUGCACUGCACCGUGGUCUAUCCGCUGGAGCUCUACCCUGCCUUCUUCGGCUACUACUUCUUCAACUUCAUGAUGGUGGUGCUGCAGUCACUGCAUGUUUUCUGGGCCUACCUCAUCAUCCGCAUGGCCCAGAAGUUCAUAACUGGAAAGGUGGUGGAGGAUGAGAGGAGUGAUCGUGAAGAGACAGAUGACACGGAGGAGGAGGAAGAGGCGGCGUCAGCGAAAAACGGGCCCCUCUCCAACGGCCACCCCAUCCUCAACAACAACCAUCGCAAAACCGACUGAGCRUCCUCGCCCCACGGUCGCACGCCCGGCCCCGGCUGGUGGGGGCGGCCGGGGGCCCGCAAGGAGGCCAAAGCCCGUGAGAUGUCAAAUCCCACCCUGCCACCAUCACGUAGCGCCAAGGUCCCCGUCCCCUCCUUCGUCUCCCCUCCCUGCUCCAGCGGAGCAAAGCGGGACCCUCGCAGAGCCCCGGCCUGCGGACGCCGCAGCUCUGGGGACAGCGGCGCUCGCCGCUCGUGCCCUUUCUGCCUUUCACCUACUGCCUUAAUCUGCCGCGGGGCCAGCACAGUGGGGACCGUCCCCUCCCCACAGCGCCGAGCUCGGCUCCCGCCCUGCGUUGCCUCCCCUUCCCCUCGCUGCAGGGGAGCCAGCUCCGGGGGCCCUUGUGCCUGUCCCGAGGCCUCGGGAAAGCCCCUUCCUCGGCCAGCUGGGCACGGAGUGAGGGCGGAUCGAGCUUUGCUGGGGGAUAGAGGAAGGAGCCACGGCUGUUGGAGCGGCUGAAACCCCGACAACAUGAGGGAGGCUUGGGGGAAGGAAGUUGGAGGGGUUAGUCACUAGAGUGUGGCAGGGAGGGCUUUCAUCCCUCCUUUCCUUUCCUGUAACUGGGUUUUGACUGCCUCGAGUCUGUCCCUCUCCCGGUCCCCUCCCUGGCUGUAACAGGACAACGUUGCGACUGAUUUUUGCUUCUAUUUAUUUGGAAGAUGGAAGGAGCCAGGCCUGGCUCUGCCUCCCGCAUCCGCCCACCCGCAGGGCGAAGCUGGGGGGAGCAAGACCUCCCAGCGCAGAGAGGUGGGGGGAAAAGGACCAUUAACCAACGUCAGACCAAAACGUGUU